AUGUCAGACUUGAACGAAGAAUCGCCAGAACCAGGCAAGCAGCCAAAACGAACCAGCAAGGCCUGUCUGGUCUGCCGCGCAAGAAAGAGCAAAUGCACAUUGGACACAACAGACGGGGAGCCCCAGCCACCAUGUCUGAGAUGCCGCAAAGAGAACAAGCAAUGUGUCAUAGGCAGCAGCAAUCGCGGAGGCAGAAGGGUGAGGCGGUCAACCAUAGCCUCUCAGCAGAGCCAGGUCCAGACUCAGGCACCACACUUCCAAUCUCAAGCAACCUUACAAGCACAGAAAACACCCUCUAAUGAACAGUCCAUAAUUGAGGCCUCUUGGAAUUCAGGUACAAUAUCCAAAGACACAUAUUCUGAUCCACAGCACAACAUCACUGGCGCGAUGUCUUCAUCAACCAAUGCUGGAGUUGGUAAUCUGGACUUUGCGACUCAGCGUCAACUGUUCGAUCCGCAGACCCUCGCAAUGGACAUUGAUUCUGCGGUCGGAUCCGCGACAGUGGACGAGUCAAGGCCUCAUAGAGAUACCAACGGAGAGUCUGCUCGCUCCUCGAGCUCCGAGAACAUACCAUUCCAUGAUCUGCAAAAUCCAUCGGAUGCCUUGGACAUACUAGCCCAGAUCGCAAGCAAUGAUAACAAUUCGAGUCGGCAACAACAUACCUGGCAAGAGAAAUCCCAGAAUCACAGUCUUCGGACCAACUCCAUGUUCCCCAACAAUUGGAGUAACGAUAGGCUCAACUACCAGCUCGUUCAGUCAGGUGCUCUGUCAUCUUCAAAAAUCUCACAACUGAUUGACCGAUAUCGUCAACACUACCAUCCCUACUUCUCAAUUGCUCCUCCUAGCACUUUGGACACCAACAACCUAAUCAAUACGGCUAAAAACGAACCUCAUCUGUUGACAGCUAUGCUAGUCAUCGCUUCGAAGGAUCUCCUGGAGGAGCCGCACAUCUACACUGCUUGUUCAGAAUACAUGCAGUCUCUCGUGUCUACUCUGGUCGCUGGUGGUCCGGGAGGUGUGGAAGCGGUCGAAAGUCUGCUACUGCUUGCCGAGUGGACGCCAUAUACGUCAAGAAGUCGCGCGGGUAACGUCGGACGCGGUGAAGAGGAUCGCGAAGCGUGGAUGCACGUCGGCACUGCGCUUCGUAUCGGAUACUAUCUGGGUCUGGACAAGUAUUCGUUCCCGGUGGCGGGAGAUAUCAAGGAUCCUCAAUGGAAGCGAAAGCGUCUAGUAUGGACUUGCUGCUAUAUAUCGGAUAGACAGAUAUCUAUUCGCAUUGGUCGAGCCUUCUGGAGUCGAGGGCCCGGACCCGGUCUUGCUAUCCGGAAGGAAGACUUUCCCUACCAGCCUCAGAAUCCUGGAGACGAGGACUUCCCAAAGUUGUUCCAGGCCACUCUGGAAUUGACAUUACUGUUUAGUAAUGUUCACGACGUCCUUUACAGUAGCCCCGGAAACAGUCUACGAAAUCAUUUGACCGGAGGCUACUAUAUCAAGAUUGUCGAUGAUUUUCGUAGCGCAUACUACGGUUGGAAUGCUGUGUACGGUACUAUGACAUGUUCGCCCAACCUCAAAGCCAUGCUGUUAAUGUCUUAUGACUACCUGCGACUUUAUACCAAUGCUUUUGCUUUCCAUGCUACAAUACGGCGUGCGCUACCUGAAGGCGAGAAUGGGAAACCGUCUUUCAGUCGAGUUUUCUACAAUAACGUUGGGGCGGUAGGAGAUGCACGAUUCAUCUAUGAAGGACUUGAUGCUGCAAAGAGUCUGCUGACCACGAUGAACAACUUCGUGGAUGCAGAGAGGAUGUUACGCUACAUGCCACUUAGAUUCUAUCUCUUCACGGUCUACGCGGGUGUGUUCCUGUACCAUGCUCGCUCGGUUGGUGUUAUGGCACCUGAAGAGGAGGCAUCGGUUAGAAGAAUGAUCCAACAGACAGUCACGGUUCUGCAGAGAUCUGGGGUUGGCGAGAGCCACCCUGGAAGCCGCUAUUCACAACUUCUGAAGCUACUCUGGGACAAGGUCGACCGGAAGUCUAACAAGGAGUCACGCUCUGCUCGAUCACUCGCUACUCUUGAGAAUCCGUAUAGGCCAGUCAGCACGAGUGCCGCCACCCCAGCUUCGAACUCGGCCGCAUCCGCUUCGUUGGAAUCGCCAGCAGUCACAGACCAGAUGGGUGAUUUCAGCUGGACCGACCUAGAUGCGAUUGGUAACUUUGCUGUAAAUGGUAACGAAGGCAUGUCAACCGACGCUGAAUGGUGGACUGGAUUCUUGCCGACAGAUAGUGGGCCUUUAGGUCCGCUCAGUGGAAUUGGAUCUAUGGAUAAUUGGAGCUUCAGCAUGUGA